AUGGACGCCUUGUCUCGUACGAUCGACGCCGCCGUGCAAAAGCACGAUUAUCCCGCCCUUAUCGGCGUGUUUACCGACAGCAACGGCCCCGCCAAAUGGCACAAUGUCGGCCAAGGAGAACAACGGUCGGUCGCGGCCCAUUUCAUUCAAACGGCCGUGGCGUCUGGAACCUUUUUUCCACGAGCUUUUGACAAUGCCGAUGUGGUGCAAGUUGUCAUUAUUGCAUUGGGACAUUUGCCAUCGACCGUUCCCAAUGCGGCCGACAAUAAAUUGCGACACAUGCUGUUCGAUUACAAAGUCAAUACCGAAGGAGAUUAUGCCGGGGCGGCACGGAUUCUGGGAGGAACGCGAAUGGAAGAUGAUCCCACAUCCGUCUAUCAUACCAGUCCGGCCGAAAAAUGUGAUGUUUAUGUCAAGAUUGCAGAAUGCUUUCUGGCGGAAGAUUUGAUUGCCGAGUCGGAUUCGGCCGUCACCAAGGCUGGAUCGGUCGUUGAAGGGAUCAAGAAUCCAGAGGAACACAUGGCACUCAUCUUGCGAUACAAAUCCACGUAUGCCCGAGUACUCGAUGCCAAUCGAAAAUUUCUACAGGCGGCACAGCGAUACCAUGAUUUGUCGCUGAGUGCCACGGAUGCCAUUGACAAGGAUGAUCUAUUGACCAUGUUGGGACGGGCGGCCACGUGUGCCAUUUUGGCACCCAGUGGACCACAACGACAUCGGGUAUUGGGGCAUAUUUACAAGGACAAGCGUCUCUCUCAACUAGAUGCCAUGGACGAUUUCGCCACACACAGCAAAAUUCUCGAAAAGAACUACAUGCAUCAGAUUCUACGCAAGGAAGAAUUGACCAAAUUUGAACAAUCCUUGCAGCCACACCAACGAGCUAUCAUGGGAGAUGGACUCACCAUUGUCGAACGUGGAGUUGUAGAACACAAUAUGAUUGCCGUAAGCAUGUUGUAUCGAUCCAUCUACGUCAAGGAAUUGGCCAAUAUUUUGGGUGUGGAUCCACGCAAGGCCGAAAAGCUCGCCAGUACCAUGAUUAUGGACGGGUCCUUGAAUGGGUCUAUUGAUCAAAUUGAGGGAUUGCUCGAGUUUCAGAUUGAUGAAUCUCCACAGAGCUAUUUUGAUGGAAGUAUCACAAACUUUUGUAUUGAACUCAAUGCUGUGGCGGAUGCCGUCAAAGCAGAAGCCUGA